GUCAGUCCAAAACAAAUGUACAUACUAGAUAUUUUAAUAUUACCCUUGUUUCAAUUAAAAAGUACUUUUAUCUUAAUCUGCAUCACUUUUCUUCUUCUCCUAGUGAUUCCAAGAACAAACUGAAUUGUUUACCGGCUAUGUUAGAGAAUUUGGUGAGAUGAGUUUUCAUUUAUUUGCUUCUUCUCACUCACUAAAGUGAAAAAAAAACUAAAUUUUUGGAAGAAAAAAAGACAAACAUGGAUUACUUCUACUUUAAUGCUCUAGUCAUUUUAUUACUUGUAACUCUGCAACAUGUUAAUGCAAACCCAGAGUUGAGAGCUUUAAUGGAAGUAAAGUCAGCUUUAGAUCCAACAAAUAAGUACUUGCAGUCAUGGACUGGUGAUGGAGAUCCUUGUAGUGGCUCAUUCGAGGGAGUUGCCUGUAAUGAACAUCGGAAAGUGGCUAACAUUUCAUUGCAGGGAAAGGGUCUCUCCGGCUGGGUUUCACCGGCGCUGGCUGAGCUAAAAUGCUUGUCGGGACUUUACUUGCAUUACAAUUCACUGUCUGGAGAUAUACCUAAAGAGCUAGGUAAUUUGACUGAGUUGUCUGAUCUUUAUCUCAACGUAAAUAAUCUUUCUGGGAUUAUUCCUCCUGAGAUCAGCGGCAUGGCUAGUCUUCAAGUCAUGGAACUAUGCUGUAAUCAGCUAACAGGGAGCAUACCUAAAGAAAUAGGGUCAUUGAAGAAGCUAACUGUUCUUUCAUUGCAAUAUAACAGACUAACUGAUCAAAUUCCAGCCAGUUUAAGCAACUUGCAGAUGUUGAAAAGGCUUGACUUAGGAUUUAAUUACUUAUCUGGUCCAAUUCCUACAACAUUAGCUAAUGCUCCUCAGCUGCAAGUUCUUGAUGUUCGUAACAAUUCGCUUUCCGGAACGGUUCCAUCUGCUUUGCAGAAAUUAAAUGGAGGGUUUCAGUUUGAGAACAACAAUGGUUUAUGUGGAGUUGGUUUUUCAACACUUAGAGCUUGCACUGCAUUUGAUACUCUGAAUGUCAAUCAAGUUAAACCGUUUGAUUCAAUCAAGAACACUACUGCUGUGAAAAAUAACCCUGUGUCUGCGGUUAUCCAAGCACCUUGCAGCCAAACAAAAUGUUCAAGUUCAUCAAAAUUUCGGGAGAUUUGGAUUGUUGCAGGGGUUAUUACAGCCACAAUUUUGGUGAUAUGUGCUGCAUUUCUGAUUAUUUUCUUUUAUCGCCGUCGGAAACAGAAAAUUGGAAGUAAAUCUGAGUCUUCUGAGGCAAGACUGAGUACUGACCAGGCUAAGGAGUUUCACCAGAGUGGUGCCUCUCCGCUGGUGAGUCUUGAGUACUCCAAUGGCUGGGAUCCAUUUGGUGAUCAUCGACGAAUUGGAAUCUUUGAAGAUCAUCUAAAUAGCUUCAGGUUCAACUUGGAGGAGAUUGAGUCUGCUACUCAUUGUUUCUCUGAGGUGAGUUUAUUAGGAAAAAGCAGCUUCUCAUGUGUUUACAAAGGAAUACUUAGAGAUGGUUCAAUUGUAGCGAUUCGAAGCAUUAGUAUAACAAGCUGUAAAUCUGAAGAAGAUGAGUUUGUGAAGGGUUUGAACUUACUGACAUUUCUCAGACAUGAUAACCUCGUUAGGCUGAGAGGGUUUUGUUGUUCUAGAGGCAGAGGUGAAUGUUUUCUUGUCUAUGAUUUUGCGCCGAAAGGAAAUCUGUCGAGAUAUCUUGAUUUAGAAGAAAGCAGCCAUGUUCUUAAUUGGUCAACAAGGAUUUCUAUUGUCAAUGGCAUAGCUAAAGGUAUUCAAUAUUUGCACAGCAGUGAGGAAAACAAACCGCCUAUACUUCACCGACGAAUAUCAGUUGAAAAAAUUCUUCUGGAUCGGCAAUUCAAGCCAUUGAUUGCAGACUCUGGUCUCCAGAAGCUUUUAGCAGAUGACAUUGUGUACUCAGGACUUAAAACAAGUGCAGCUAUGGGAUAUUUAGCUCCAGAAUAUGUAACCACAGGACAUUUUACUGAAAAGAGCGAUAUCUAUUCAUUUGGUGUGAUCGUUCUCCAAAUCCUCUCCGGUCAGCAGGUGCUUUCUAAUUCAAUGCGCUUGGCAGCUUCAUCAGGCAGAUAUGAAGACUUUAUCGACACCAAACUCGAAGGAAAUUUUUCCGAAUCAGAAGCUGAAAUAAUAGCAAAAAUUGCACUUGCUUGCACAGAUGAGGUGCCGGAGCGCAGGCCGGCAAUGGAGACUCUGAUUCAAGAAAUGAACAGAAUUGAUGCUGGUUAAUGAUUGAUAUAAUUCUUUUAGAACAUUCAAAAGCUGAUGAGGCGAAAAAGGCAACCCCUGCUUACUUGCACAAACGAGACAUAUUAUUGUCAAACCUCUGCUUAGCCUUGCACUGUUGUAAAUGUAUAGUUUUGAUCGAUCAGACAUUUUUGGAGCAGCAAAGUUUCUGUGAUUUUUAACUAGAAAAUAAGCUACUCCAUGAGCUUUGUGAGAAACUGACACAAGACUUUCAGUCCUCGGGUAUAGAGAAGAUCUGUGAUUAGAUUAUUUAUCGUACUUAGCAAGUUUAGCAAUUACAAAACAUAAUAAAUUUAAAAUUUUGAAUA